GGGAGGCAUUGGCCCUGGUAUCCCACAUAUGUGACCUUAGAGGAAGGCUUGAAUUAAGAAGCUGGUUGGAAGAUUUUGGAGGAAGUGAGCUCAGGUGAGGAGCGGCUCGAGGGUGUCAGAGGGCACCCUUUGGCUGCAUCCACCUCCAGGCCGGGGGUGAAGGGAGGCUGGCUGGAACGUGCCCCGCCGCAAGCCGGGCAAGGAUGAGGCGUUUCCUGAGCAGAAAGGGCCGCUUCUCCCUGCGCCAGAGCAAGUCUGGGACCCGGAGUGCAGCCAAAGACUUCUACCUCGGCCUUCCAGCCACCAAUCAGAACUGGCCUGAAGCGUUUGGCUUCCGUCUGGGUGGCACUGGGCCAAGCUACAUCCUGUCCGUUGUGGAGGGCAGUAGCGCCUACCUGGCUGGCCUGCAGCCCGGGGACCAGGUGGUAGACAUCGAGGGCCAAGAUGUGACCAACCUCAGCACGCCAGCACUGAUCGCUCUGGCUCAGACCCUCAAGACCGUCCCACCCAGCAUCGGCGUGGUGUCACGGAUUGAACAGAUUGACAUCACUCCAGGCCCUGAUGGCCGCUUUGGCUUCACCAUUGUAGGAGACAGCCCUCUGAUGGUGGAGGACUGCAUGCCCAAUGGUCCAGCAGCUCGCAGCGGCCUCAAAGUCCGGGACUAUGUCAUGGAGGUCAACGGCAUUCCAGUGAAACACCAUGAAACGGCAGCAGCCAUGAUCAAAGCAGCUCAGGGUCGACCUCUGCGUCUGGGCGUGCUCAGUAUGGCCCGACGACCAAAGCGCCUGAGCAGCAGCAUGAGGGUGCUAUCGCAGAGCGGGGACAGCGUCAGGGAGAGUCGAGCCCACAAGGCCAUGGAGUUUAAUAAGAAAGUGGAGGAAGUGCUCGGAGAGGAGCCAGAUGUGAAGGAACAGCUGUUUGAGGUGCUGAAGCAGUACGCCGCUGAGAGGGACGUGGAGAGUCUGGCUGAGGCCCUGCCUGAUAUUUUGAUCACAGAGGAGCAUCAGCAGCUGAUCGACAGCGUCAGGAUCUUCAUUCCCAAGAAGCACCGGGAGCGUUUUGACGAGGUGGUUUCCCAGAGUCUGAUGAGCAGGAUCAAAGGGCGGAGCUUCAGCGACCCCAGCCGUAGCCAGUUCCGCCGCAGCAGGAGCGAGGACCAUCCCGAGCGCCUCCUCGUCUCCACUCGUGCUAGCUCAGUGCCACGCACCCACGCAGAGGAAGGCGGGGCCCUCCCAGCACGCGGCAUGCGGAAGACCACCUCGCUCAUAGCUGGGCACUCCAGCGGCAACUCCACCAACUGCAGGACGGUCCGAGUAUGUAAGGGCAACAUGAGCUUUGGUUUCACUCUCAGGGGCCACGCUCCAGUCUGGAUCGACUCCAUCAUCCCUGGAAGCCCAGCAGACAAAGCUGGUCUGAAACCAGGAGACCGAAUCCUGUUUCUCAACGGCCUGGACAUGAGGACCUCGUCCCAUGAGAAGGUAGUGUCCAUGCUGCAGGGCAGUGGUGCCAUGCCCACUCUGGUUGUGGAGGAUGGUCCACCUUCUUUCACCAUGUCAGAGCAGGACCUCGCAGGUGGCGGCGUUCCAACAGAGCGUGCCCGCUCCCCUGUGCUCAGCUCCCUGCAGUGGGUGGCAGAGAUCCUGCCCCCUAGUAUCCGGGUUCAAGGCCGCACCUUCGGACAACAGCUGGAGCACCUGCUGACCAUCCAGGAGCGGUACACCAUCUGCAAGGCAUUGGAGAACUUCUUCCAGCACAGGAACGUGGACACUCUGAUCGUGGAUGUGUUCCCAGUCCUCGACACUCCGGCCAAACAGGUGAUCUGGCAGUUUGUCUACCAACUUCUAACAUACGAGGAGCAGGAACACUGCCAGAGCAAGAUCUCACGCUUCCUUGGUUUCAAAGCUCCAGGCCUUCGUUCAGAGCCAGUGCUGGAGGUAGGGAUGAGGUUGGCUCCAGGAGAGAGACAGUCAGGCGAUGGUACCUCUCUUCCAGAAACUCCCAACAACCUCACCAAUCUGUCAGCUGUGUACGCUGAACUGGAAAACAUGUAUUCAGCCAAGAGGUCCAAGUCUCUGAAGAGCCGUCCUCCUCCUGCCCCAGAGAGUUUGCUGGAUCUGGAGCCCCCCUCUCGCACAUCCUCCCCUACAAUACACGCUAACACAGGAAGCCGCAAAGGCCCCCCUCUUCCCACAUCCUGGCCAGAGCCCCUUCCAAGCCCCCCUGCAGCCCAGUUUUAUUCAUCAGGCCUAACAAGCCAGACCAGUGGAGAUUCCAAUCCUUACAUCAGCCUGGAUAGUCCCCCUCCAUCGCCUCCAGAGCCCCCUGACUACCCGUCCAGUCCCCCCGCUCAUCGAAGCAGCAAGCGGCGCUACACCUUCUCCAAACCGCCACGCUCAGAGGACACAGAUCGUUUUCUGGAUGCGCUGAGUGAGCAGCUGGGGCAGAGGGUGGCAAUCGUUGACGACUUCCUGACCCCAGAGAAUGACUAUGAGGAGAUGACCUUCCCAGAUGAGGAGGAUGAUGAUAAUGAAGAGGACUUAGGGAUGGACGAAGAGGAAAAUGGAGGCUUUGUUGCCCCUGAGCUCAGCAGUCCUAGUGAUGUCCAAAGCAGCAGUGGGGAAGAAAAUGCAUCCUCACUUACCUACUCUUCCUCCUCUGACCAUAUCCCUCCACCUCCAAUGACUCCUCCACCGCCCCCACCUGUGCAAUUCAACGACCAGCCACCAAGUCAGUCCCACCACAAGCAAUCCCAUAACCAACCGCAGUCCCUCCCCCACUCUCUGUCUGACCCAACGGAGCACCUGGAGCCACCACCACCUCCACCUCUACCCCCACCCUGCUCCCCUCCACCCUUGCCGAGGCCAUCGCUAUCCAGGAUGGACUCCAACCACAUGAGUGUGAAGAGGUUACGCUGGGAGCAAGUGGAAAACUCAGAGGGGACUAUCUGGGGACAGCUGGGAGCAAAUUCUGACUAUGAGAAACUGCAUGAUAUGGUGAAGUACCUGGAUCUGGAGCUGCACUUUGGAACACAGAAGAGCUCUAUGCCUACUCUGGAGCCGCCUCCACCAGAAACCUUCAAGAAGAAAGAUGUGAUUGAAAUUUUGUCCCAUAAGAAAGCCUACAAUGCCUCCAUCCUGAUAGCCCACCUGAAGCUGUCUCCUGGGGAGCUUCGUCAGGUGCUGAUGAACAUGGCCACUGAUAGGCUGGAGCCGGCCCACAUCAAACAGCUGCUGCUGUACGCUCCAGAUGCAGAGGAAGUGAAAAAGUAUGAAGAGUACAGACAGGACCCGAGCAAACUCAGCGAGCCUGACCAGUUUGUGCUGCAGAUGUUGUCUGUACCGGAGUACAAGACCCGCCUGCAGAGCCUCCUCUUCAAAUGUUCACUGCAGGAGAAGACAGAGGAGUUGAGGGGAGCGUACGAUUGUCUCUACAAAGCUUCAGUGGAGCUGAAAUCAAGCAAGAAGCUGGCAAAGAUACUGGAGUUUGUGUUGGCGAUGGGGAACUACUUGAACAACAGCCAGCCUAAAACCAACAAGACGACAGGCUUCAAGAUCAACUUCCUCACAGAGCUGAGCACGACUAAAACGGUGGAUGGGAAGUCGACAUUUCUACACAUUCUGGUCAAGUCUCUAUGUCAGCACUUUCCUGAAGUGUUGGAUUUCUCCAAAGAUCUAACCAUGGUUCCUCUUGCAGCCAAAAUCAACCAGAGGACGAUCACAUCGGACCUGACUGACCUUCAAACGACCCUCCAGGACAUCCGCUCAGCCUGUCAGAAGAUGCCGGCGACUGCUGAGGACCGUUUCGCUGUAGUCAUGAGCAACUUUCUGGAAAACAGUCACCCAGCCAUCCAGUCUCUGGAGUCCCUGCAACAGAGAGCAAUGGAAGAAUUCAGCAAAACUGCCUCUUUCUUCGGGGAAGACGGCAAAUCCACCAACACUGAGGCUUUCUUUGGGAUCUUUGCAGAAUUCAUGGCGAAAUUUGAGAGAGCUCUCAGUGAGCAGCAGGCUGCAGAAAACCCAAAGAGCCCCAGAAGUCCACGUAUGGCCUCCCCUCUGGCCUGGUAACACACAUUUAACACAUUCAGUAUGUUGAGAUGACUUCAGUGUAUUAAUAAAGACACCCUCAGACAGUAUGUAAAUAUAUUUACUGUAUAAAUAUGUAUUAACACACAACACACAGCUAAGUGCACAAUCUGAGCAAAAAAAACAAGACUUUAUGUUUUUGGGUGAAUUUAAGAUGGAGACUUUUACAUCAAAGAUGGACGAUUAGCUUUAUAUCAGUGAUAUAAUAUGUUCUGUUUAUCCUUUCAAGAUAAAACUGAGUUUUCUUAAAGUCUGACAGGUAAAUAUAUAAGACAAAUACCUUAAAGGAAACUGUUUAACAUGCUGUUACCAAGUGAAACAUAGUUCCUCAGUUAACAUCCUUCAAGUUCUCUUACUGUAAGAGUUCAGUGGUUCUACAGUCAAAUCUUUGUUUUAUUUAUUCAGAGCUAAGAAUAAGAAAUAGAUUUACAAUAUUAAACUUUAUUCUGAAAUAGGUAUGUUGACAUACAUCCACAUUAGAACCCAAAAUUGUUUUCCUUACUAAGCUGAUGUUUUUGUGUUUGUUUUAAACAUGUACUUGAGGUGAUCUGGAACUGACAUUCACGCCUAUUUUUGACUUUAUUGUUUACAAUUCUCCAAGCACUGUCUGUAGCACAUGUAGCAUUAUAGCUGUGUGAAGAUGUUUGUCAGUGUUGAAUUUUCUUAUAUAGAGUGACUUCAAGUCUGGCAGCAAGCUAGACAGUUCAAGGCCCAGUUGUGGUCCCAAAUUCCUAAAUUUGAUGCUUGUUAUUAUUUUGCUGCUCUCAAUCGAGUCAGAUCAUCCCUGAUCUCUAAACUGAAAUAUCAACCUUGUCUUAAAAAUAACACCCUGACUGAACUUCCCUUUACAGAAUACUUAAACCAGCUAGAGUACAUACACUGAAAAGCAUCAUCAAGCGGAUUUGGCACUUUUGCAGCUCACAAACAUGGCUGUAAAGAUAAACGUAACUGUGAGCCAGGGGUAUGGCUCAGGGCCAUACCGCAACCAACUGACCACCAUAUUUGAUUUCUUCUGAGGUCAUGUUUGAUCAUGCAUUUCUGUUAGAUCUCAGUCUCUGAAAUCAUUACCAUCCCAGAGCCAAACUCCAAAAUUGAGCAUCAAGGCCUUAAGUAUGAACACGGCCUAAGAUUGCUGUUUCAUUUCAGCCAGUGACCUUGUGAACCGGUUCCUUUCAGCUGAGCACACUAGCGGCUGUUAGUUUCAUUUUUUUCUUUACAUUAAAUACACUGCUGAUGUGUAUUUUUUGAUUAAAAAAACAUAUUUAAUACUACACAGACAUAUGUGAGGUUUACAUCAGCUGCU